GUAGCCAUUUUACACAUGGUCCCCAUUGACCACAUCCAGAGUGACCUGCCCCGAGACCUCCGACUGGACCUCACAGCUUUAGGGCAGAUGGCCUCACCAGCGCAGGCAUUGUGGCAUGUAGCCCAGGUGAUCCAAGCCCUCCAUAACACACUGGGCACGGCGAUUGGUCAGAAAUUGGCCGAAAAGGGGUUGAUGCAUCUAGCCAUUGAGACUUUUGCCUCCCGUGAUCGCAUGCUGCAGCCGUUUGUCCAUUCCAAAGAGUCUGCCCUGUUUCAGACAGCAGUCAUGGCAUACUUCGGCAUUGCAUAUGAAGCCGUUGUCCCUGUCCGGUUCGAUGAGCACGUAUCGCCCACGUUCGCUCGAGAAUCCCAGAAACGGAAAGCCUCGAGUUCGUACAUGCUCGACCAACGGCAAGUGCAUGACACCGGAAUUGCCGCCAAUGGAGGAUUAGAAUUCUUUGCCAAUCGCACGUUCGUCGAUCGCCAUGCCCUGACACAGCCACAG